AUGUCAUCUCGGUUCCUGGGUACUAUGCAAGCAACGCGUGAGCAUUUUAAUCUCGAAAUGGCUUUAGCCGCACCGACUGCACCGUACCUGUCAUCUCUCGAAUCAACUCAUCUCACCAAUGCCCAGCCUUAUUCAUCUUCCCAACGUCCAAGCCCACACAACCACACCGAUCCACAUGAUCAGCGAACUGGACCUCGUCCCAACAGCACAGCACCACAUCACCUCCCGUUCCACACAACGGCUGCGUCGGAGAAUAUCCACUCCCCCGGCUCACACGCCAGCGCCUCACCGCUGAUCACCGCUGCCGUGACCCUCCAACCAUCGUCAUCUACGGCCGCAUCACUCAAACAUCAUCCCAACCCUGCGCCGCGAGCCACUCGGCACCCGCCCCGGCGUCGCACGGCCGUGCCACGAACAUGUGGUCUGUGUCCGUGGCACACGGGCGUCCGCACUUAUCGAACGGUCGGAGCUACAGCGGAGAGACUGCUGGCUGGAGAAGCAUGUAUCGAGAGCUUUUGCCACGCGCAUCCUGGUUUGGCAGCUCUGGGCUUCUGGGGGCGAGCGGAGGCGUGUUGGGGUGCUGAGGUUGAUUCGCUUGUCGCUGCAGCUGUCAGCACUAUAGACACUGCUGGAGGGCCUACAGAAGCAGCAGGAGAACGUGGACCUAAGCGCAUGGAAUUUUGCGUUCUCGGACGUUCCACAGAUAAGUUUCAGGGCCGACGCCUGCCGAUGAAGGCACUCGAAGCGCGAUAUUGA